CGGCGGGGUUUGCACAUGGCGGCGGCGCUGGCGGCGGGGCGGCGCGGGGCGGCGCGGGCGGUGUUGGGGCCCGGUGCGGGCCGCGGGUGCGGAGACGCCGCGGGCUGGGCCCAGCGGGAGCGCUCGUACUGGCGGGCGCUGCGGCGGAGGGUGCUGGGCCCGCCCGCGCCGCCCUUCGCCGCCCCCUGCCAGGUGGGAGCCCCGGUGCUGCGCGCGGCCGCCGCCGCCGUGGGCCCGGAGCUGCUGGGCGGCUCCGAGCUGCGGGAGCUGGCGGCGGCGCUGGCGGCCGGGCUGCGGAGCGGGCCGUGCCUGGGGCUGAGCGCCCCGCAGCUCGGGGUGCCGCUGCGGGUGUUCGCUGCCGAGCUGCCCCCCGCCCUCUGCCAGCGGUACCCGGCGGCGCUGCGCCGCGCUCACUGCAUCGAGCCCUUCCCGCUCCGCCUCUUCGUUAACCCCGUGCUUCGCGUCGUGGACGCGCGGCUCGUCACCGGCCGCGAGGGCUGCGCCAGCAUCCGCGGCUUCUCUGCCUACGUCCCGCGCCAUUGGGCCGUCAGUGUGUCGGGUACGCACCCCACAGCCCUGCCUGCACCCCCGGCGUCUGCCCAGCGCCGUGGUUGCUCCCUGACCGCUGCUCUCUGGUAGCAGGGGUGGA